GCUUAUGACAACAGACUGUAAACAAACUGAAACAAAACAAGGUUCUCCCCUUUGAAUACGCUCGAAUAAGUACCAACAAAGUCUUUUCUUUUAAAAUUAGCACUUCUUCAUCGAUGCUGAAGAAAACAAGGCGCUCUCCCCUGCAGGACCCUCUGAUGGAUGAACAGGGGGGCAAUAGAAAAGUGCCAUUCAAGAGGAACCUGCUGCAAGAAAUAAAGGCCACACUGGUUGCUGACGACCCGCUAAAUCCCAGUCCUCCUCAGUCUCACACUGCGACCAACGUCGCCUCUACUUCCAAGUCCGGAGCAAGACUAAAACAAGGUGCCCCAAGUGACUUUGAGCUCAUGGCAGCCAUGAUGCAUCGAAUAACUAUGUUGGAGAACACGCUGAGGAGUCAAGCACUUGAAAUGCACCAAAAGGAUGAGAUGAUCUCUGUUUUGGAGGAACAGCUGAGGUCUAAGGAAGAGCCAGAGGGCACGCCAUGUCUGAGUAGCAGAUAUGAGCUGAAGAAAAGGUGCCAAAUGCUGCAAAAUAAAGUGCAAGACAUGGAGAACUUUCUGGGUGACUAUGGUCUGAUCUGGGUCGGAGACGAAGACACCAGCAACUCAGAAGAGAGUCCACAGAAUACAAACUCUGGACUUUCUCCUAACGGGGGCUUCCAAAUGAACUUUGACCUUGUCCUUCGGAGGAUCAGGGAGCUGAAUGUCCUCGCAGGGGAAGGAGAGUCUUUCGUUCAAACAACAGGGACUGGAGCCAAGCUGGCGAAAAAAGAUCCCAUUCAGCUGAAACUCUACAGGAACGGCAUCGUCAUGUUCGACGGUCCGUUCCGCUCAUACCAGGAGCACAGCACCCAGCAAUGCAUGCAAGAUUUAAUGGAUGGCUACUUUCCAUCUGAGCUUCAGCAGAGAUUUCCAGACGGCGUACCUUUCGAGGUUCAUGACCGUCGAGAUGAAGAAUUCAUGGCCAGGAUGCCAUGGCACACGUUUCCUGGUGACGGACAAGCAGUUUGUGGGAAGGAAUCGACAAAUUCCGUCGGCUUUGACCCAGAGAGGAGGCUGACCACAGAUCAGUUCCUCAACAAGCUGCCAAAGGUGGUAGUAAAGGCCGGGAACGUGUUCAACAUCAGGGAUUCCCUGAGGAGAACUCUGCAGGGUCUUUCUGAUGCGCCGAGCAGCAGCUCAGAGAUUCUCAUUGACACACCAGCGCUCCAAGCGAUGAUGGAGAGGACACAGAAGAUCAACUCUGGCAAAGCUGCCCAAGCUGCCGUCACUCUCAAGCUGAAAUCAGAGGAUGGGAAUCUCACCUAUGUGAUGAAAAUGAGCCUCUCAGAAACAGUCGGCCAGCUGCGAGGCUAUCUGGACAAACACAGAGGGGCAGUUCAUCCUGGCUAUGACAUCAUCAGUGCAUAUCCACCCUGCAGCUUCAGCGAUGACAAUCGGACCCUCCAGUCCUGUGGACUCUCAGGAAACGUCACUCUGAGGCUCCGUCAGAGGCAACAAAGACACCAGUAAACUCUAAAGAGUUUGAGCCUCUCUUCUUCCUUAAGGUUUCCUGCAUCCUUCAAACAUUUGGAUCAAUAACUAAUAAAGAAGAAAAUAUAUGUUAAACACA